AUGGGACACCCAUCUCAAGCAUUUCUCGAACGGAAUCCAAUGUUUGGAUAUAAUCCGAUAAAUGCUUUUGAUUUUAUAUUAGUUAGAUCUGAAGAAAAAAUUGUUUGGGCAGGUGAUACCACAAAUACGUCAAAUAUAACUAGUAUUAAUGUUACAACAAGUGAUCAAAUCAAUGAUGAAACAAAAGAUAUAUCAGUUGAAAGUAAGCACAACAUCACAAUACAAUUGUUUGAUUUUUACUCUGUGAGAAUUACUC